ACCACUGAUAUCAAGAUGGCGCUGCGGCCAGGAUCUGGAGGAGGCAGCAGUUUUAUGUAUCCUGUUGGAGGGGGCUUGGGACCGCCACAAGGCAUGGUUCCCAUGCAGCAACAGCAGCAGCAGCAACAGCAGGGCUUCCCUAUCGUUCCAGUCAUGCAGCCUAACAUGCAGGGCAUGAUGGGAAUGAACUUUGGAGGACAGAUGCCCCCAGGAGCCAUGCCUAUGCAGGGCGGGAUGGCGAUUGGGAUGCAGACCUCUGGGAUGCAGUUCUUGGGUCAGCCACAGUUUAUGGGUAUGAGACCUGCUGGACCCCAGUACACUGCUGACAUGCAGAAACAAAUGGCUGAGGAGCACCAAAAGCGUCUGGAGCAGCAACAGAAGAUGCUGGAGGAAGACAGGAAAAGAAGACAGUUUGAGGAGCAGAAACAGAAGCUGAGGCUGCUCAGCAGUGUCAAACCUAAGACAGGGGAGAAGAGCCGUGAUGAUGCCUUGGAGGCAAUCAAAGGCAACCUGGACGGCUUCAGUAGAGACGCGAAGAUGCACCCCACUCCGUCAUCACAGACCAAGAAGCCAGACUCAUCGCCAUCACACUCGUCUGUCACCACUCACUCCCUCCCCCCAGCUUUGUCUGAGGACAAUGACGAAUUUAGUGACUUUCAGGGGCCUGUAGAUGCCCCAGCCUCUUUCCCUCCGCCCUCCUCCUCCACUUCCUCCACCUACGGCCUCUCCUCUCAGGCUCACAUCCAGCCUUCGCCCCCUGGCCCCAAGUCAGGUUUCUCUGAGGGCGAUGAUGAGUUUAGUGACUUUGUUCAGGGUCCUGUAAACACUCUCCCUUCCUCCAACUUCCACCCCUCCUCUCAAGCCCAAGUCCAACCUUCGUUCCCUUCCUCACAAUCCCUCCCUCAGUCUCUCCCUGCCUCUGUGUCAAUUCCCACUGCCUCCCAACACUCUGCUGUCAACACCAGCUCCCAAUCUACAUUUCAAGGCCCGUCCCUGGAAGAGAAGCUAUUCUCCUCAUGUGAUCUUACUGCUGAUAAGACGGCACAGGUUAGCUUUAAAUCCAAGCAGAGUUUGGCUGAAAUUGGCCCUAGAGCAAAGGUUUCAGCCCAGUUUCAAUCCAGCACUAAAGCGAGGAAUUGGGCUGCGGCCCCUGAGGACUUGAGUUCUGUCUUCGUCGCAGAAAAGCCACCUGAGGCCCCAGUGGCAUCACCCAGCGUCCCCCCAUCAGCUGCUGACUCAUCCUCCCAAACCAGUAGUGACGGUGCAGGUGUUGGCGUGUAUCCACAACAAGAGCACAUCCAGCCCAUGCUGCCAGCCUGGGUGUACAACGACAGCCUUGUCCCAGAAAUGUUCAAGAAGGUUCUUGAAUUCACCAUGACCCCGGCAGGGAUAGACACGGCCAAGCUCUACCCAAUAUUAAUGUCAUCAGGCCUUCCCAGAGAAGCACUGGGGCAAAUCUGGGCAUCAGCCAACCGCACAACACCUGGCAUGCUGACCAAGGAGGAGCUCUACACCGUACUUGCACUAAUUGGUGUGGCACAGAGUGGCCUCCCAGCAAUGAAUGUGGAAAUCCUCAAUCAGUUCCCCUCUCCACCAGUGCCCAACCUGCCAGCCCUGACUAUGGCCAUGGCCCCCGUCAUGCCCCAGCACCAGCAGCCAAUGAUGGCCCAGCCCCCAGUCUCUAUGGCCAUGCCCUCACCAGCACCACCAGUCAUGGCCAUGACACCUGCAGCACCGGCUCAACCACCCACAAACACUAACUUCAUUGCCAGCUUCCCUCCCACACAGCAGGGAACCAAAGCAGAUGACGAUGACUUCCAGGACUUCCAGGAGGCUCCAAAAGCAGGAGCAGGAGACCAGGCCUUCACUGAGUUCCAUGGGGAGUCAGGAGGAAGUUUCCCCACCACCAUAGCACCUCAGCACCAAAACAGCUAUUGUGUCCCUGCAAGCGCGCCUGCCAUGCUGACUCCAGUGUCUGGUUCCUCCUCCGCCUCCGUCACAUCCUCUGAUAAGUACGCUGUCUUCAAGCAGCUGUCUGUGGAUCAGCCCGCAGAGCCUACACCACAUGCCUCAGAUACUGGAGACAAAUACAGUGUUUUCAGACAGCUUGAGCAACCUGCUGACAAGAAACCAGUUGGGGAAGUAUUUGCAGAUUUCAAGUCUGUCAGCGCUGAUGAUGGCUUCACAGACUUUAAAACCGCCGACAGCGUCUCUCCACUAGACCCUUCAGAACAGGCCAAAAUCUUCCAGCCUGCCUUCUCCUCUGCUUUCCCAAACUCUCAAUCUCUACAACAACUACCACAGCAGCAGCAGCCAGCAGUGUCUCUCUCUCAGCCCAAAAACCCUCUAAACAUGGCUGACCUGGACCUUUUCUCUUCUAUAGCUCCCUCUGUUCCCGCCCCCACUGAGACAAAACCCAGCACCUUCCCCUCUGUGUCUGUGCCCCCCUCUUUAGUGCUCCUACCAGGUGGAGCCAAACCCCCAGGGGGAGGGGCAGAUGAUUUUGGUGACUUUGCCCUCUUUGGUGCCUCCUCUGAUGCCGCUCAAGCUUCAGCAGCAGGUGGCGCUUCGGCGGCAGGCGGCGCUUCGGCGGCAGGCGGCGCUUCGGCGGCAGGCGGCGCUGCAGCAGCGCCUCAGGACGACUUUGCAGACUUCAUGGCGUUUGGCAGUUCUGGUGGGGAGCCUAAAGGGGAGAGCGUGGGUGUCCAAGGGGAGACCUCCACACAGCAGCGGCCUCAGCAGAGCUCAGACAAGUACGACGUAUUCAAACAGCUGUCUAUGGAGGGAGGCCUCGCCUAUGAUGACACCAAGGAGAGCGGCGGCGGCUCCUUCUCUUCCCUCAAAAGCGACACGGACGACUUUGCUGACUUUCAGUCCUCAAAGUUCUGCACAGCGCUCGGGGCUUCGGAGAAGACUCUGGUGGACAAGGUGGCCGCUUUCAAACAGGCCAAAGAGGACUCUGCUUCUGUCAAGUCCCUUGACCUCCCGUCCAUUGGGGGUAGCAGUGUUGGAAAGGACGACUCCGAGGACGCACUCUCAGUGCAGCUGGACAUGAAGCUGUCGGACAUGGGCGACCUGACUUCAGGAGACCUGAAGCACGUGAUGUCGGACAGCUCUCUGGAUUUGCCGGGUCUAUCGGCUCACCAGCCCCCCGCUACAGAAGGAGACGACAUGAAAUUUGACCCCUUUGGGACAUCGGCCCUCAGCACCCUGGCCAGCUAUGACUGGUCAGACAGGGAGGAAUGUCUGCCCGGUGAGGUCAGAAAGCCACAGUGCUUGGAAGGAGCUUCCCUUCCAACCUUAGUCCAGACACAGGCAAAGGAGGUGACCGUUGGCAGCACUGAAAACAUCACAAGCAGCUCCUUAGCAAAGAUCACCACCUCCGUCCCCGCAGAGGAUGGCUCAUCGACAGAUGACAAGUUUGAAGCCUUCGCUGAUUUCGGCUCAGGUGACCAGGGCGGUGUUGAUGACGAGGACGACUUUGGGGACUUUGCAAGUACAGUUUCUGAAAAGUCGGACUCGCCUGCUGCUACUGCUGAGGUGGGCUCUGAGGGGAACCAAAGUGAGGCCUCAGAUGAGUUUGGCGCCUUCCGAGGAGACAAGCCAAAGUUUGGCAAGUCUGACUUCCUCAAAGCGAGCACUCAAGCCAAAGUCAAGUCCAGUGAGGAGAUGAUCAAGAACGAACUGGCAACCUUUGACUUGUCUGUUCAAGGCUCCCACAAACGUAGUCACAGUUUGGGCGAGAAGGAGAUUGGGCGUUCGCCCCCGUCUCCAGCUCCAGAGCAGCCCUUCAGAGACCGAUCCAACACUCUAAGCGAGAAGCCCGCUCUGCCUGUCAUCAGGGACAAGUACAAGGACCUGACUGGGGAGGUGGAGGAGAGCGAGCGCUACGCAUACGAGUGGCAGAGGUGCCUGGAAAGUGCUCUGGAGGUCAUCACCAAAGCUAACAACACCCUGAACAGCAUCAGCAGCUCUUCUGUCUGCACCGAGGUCAUCCAGUCUGCCCAGGGCAUGGAGUACCUGCUAGGUGUGGUGGAAGUGUACCGCGUCACCAGGCGUGUGGAGCUCGGCAUCAAGGCCACAGCAGUGAGCUCUGAGAAGCUGCAGCAGCUGCUGAAGGACAUCAGCCGCGUGUGGAACAACCUCAUGGGCUUCAUGUCACUAGCCAAGCUCGCUCCUGAUGAAAGCUCCCUGGAUUUCUCCUCCUGCAUUCUGAGGCACGGCAUCAAAAAUGCCAAGGAGUUGGCUUGUGGGGUGUGUCUGCUCAACGUUGACGCUCGCAGCAAGAACAAAGAAGAAAGCACUAUUGGACGUCUGUUUAAACGAGCAUUGACUAAAGACAGUGAGAGGAGGUUAAGGGCGUUCAACUCAGAGACGGACAACUUCAAGCUGCUGUAUGGGGGCCACCAGUACCACGCCAGCUGUGCCAAUUUCUGGAUUAACUGUGUGCAGCCCAAACCCCCGGGCCUCAUCCUGCCUGACCUGCUCUGAGCUUUGGCUGCAGCUGCCAUGGUAACAAGACGGGCUAAUCAACAUCAGAUAGGUGGAGGAACAACAGAGGCUCUCACGUUGGACAGGGAGCAAAAGAAGAAUGUUUAAAGUCACUGGAUCCCUCUGUAUUCUUUUAUUUUUUAUUCUGAAAUCUCCCUUUUGUCACACUUUUGGUGAGCUGUAACUCAGGCUGUGUUCAUGUUCAUCUGUUUCUUUGUUCAAAUUCUCUAUAUAAUUACCAUCCAUGGUAUUGUUCCUCCAUGUAAACCACCUAACAUAUGUAGGUUAGCUGUAUACUGUAGGUGAUAUUUAAAUCUAUCCCUAAUGAUGCUUUAACAAAUUAUUUCAACUGCAGAAAAAGGUUAAUUUUACUUUCACUUAUAUUUAAAUUAUUAGGUGUGCAAUAUCAUUAAAAAUACUGGCAGAGGACAUUGGUAAACAUCUUGGGUUUUUAAUGUCACUUGUUGCUUUGCUUCUAUUUGUGAGGAAUUUUAUUCAUGACUCUCUUUAUUCCCACUGAACCAGAGCUGUUGAAUCAUAAGCCUAUUAUUGUACUUGAAUUACAUUUGUUGGGCAGGUCUGUUUGAUGAAACUCUGUUGCUGUUAUGGUUUUAAUAUGUUUUUCAAAAUCUUUAACAUUCAAACCAUCACUGCUGUGCUGGAAGGCAGAUAUCUACCUUUUUAUGAAUUGUGUUAAAUUAACUGCUUUGAAUGUCUUUUGCACUGUUGGAGGGGGUAUUUAAAUUGUGUUUUAUAGGUAUUUUGGGGGAGGGGUUGUUGUGAUUUGGGGACUUGAAGGAAACAUUGUUAAUGGUUGUGUUUUUCUGUCUUGAUGUUGUGUGCAACCAGCGCUAAAAGUCUAGAGAUGUUGACUGAUUCUGAACUAAAAUUGCAGCAGCACUUUUUGUAUAUUACAGUGUGAUGCUGUAGCAAUGCAAUUAUGACUGUAAUGUGAAUGUCAUGUAAAUAAAUGAGUAUGCAUAUA